AUGUCUACCACCGUGACGACGAGUUCACAAGUGGCACCGGAGUAUGAAUACUUCUUCCGCGAUGGGACGAUGAACAAUCGGCGAAAGGUCCUCCGUGGCGAAGAGGCUGUCGAAACAUUUGACGAGAUUCCGCUGGUCGACGUUGGCCGCAUCUUCAGUGACAAGUACGAAGAGCGUCUGCUCGCAGCCAAGGAGAUUGCCAACGUGUGCAAGACCGUCGGCUUCAUGUAUAUCAAAAACCACGGGAUACCACAAGAACUGAUUGACAAGGUGUUUGAACUUUCCCGCCAGUACCACGCCCAGCCUCUUGCCGUGAAGAAGGAGCAGGACGUAUACAAGUCACCUACAUUGCGGGGAUAUGAGAUUCACUACACCAAGACCCCAGAUGGCGAAGCAGUCAAGAAGGGAUCGUUUCUCUACAGUUACGAACCUGAAAACGACCCACAGCCGCCGUCCCUGACCCCAGAACAGCGCGACCAAUGCAUUGGAAUCCACAACCAGUGGCCGGCACAGCUUCCCGAGUUCAAGACCACACUGCUACAAUACCAGGCUGCACUGAUCUCACUCGCCCGUGCGUUGUUGCGGACAUUUGCCCUGGGACUUGGUGCGGAUGAGAAUUAUUUCGACUCGAUCGUCACGGCACCCUUUGUGUCCAUCAUUCUGCAAUACUAUCCGCCCAGAGCACCCGGUUCGACAGACCUGGAUGGUCUCGGUGCACACAGCGAUUUUGAAACAUUUACCAUCCUGAACCAAGACAUGGUAGGCGGCCUUGAGAUCCUCAACAAGAACGGGAUCUAUGUCCCAGCAAAGCCCAUUCGUGGCACCUUUGUUGUCAACGUAGGGGACUUUCUGCAGAGAAUCUCCAACGACACAUUCGUGUCCACUGUCCACCGUGUCCGCAACGCUUCGGGGGUUGAACGCUACUCGAUUCCCUUCUUCUUCAGCUUCAACAUGGACGCUUCAGUUCCGGUCAUGCCGGCUUGUACGUCGGAGAGUAACCCGGCCAAAUACGAGCCAAGGAAUCUGCAUGAGUACACGGCAUUGAGGCGUAAACGGCAGAGGGAACAGCACGAAAAGGGUAUCCACGACACUCUUGUUAUUGAGAUGUAG